UUUUUCACCGCUCCCGCAGAAUCUAUUAUGUCCUAAAUGUAGCUCUUCUCAAACUCUAAUCUUCUCUGUCCUUCCUUUGUUGGGUAAAUCGGAGUAAUUCAAUUAUUCACAGCACUCGCCCGUCCCGCACUUUGCUGCCACACCUACACAGUACCUGUCUUGGGUUGGUCUAUCCACCCAACCAAUCACACAAACCUCUGCCCCACGGCUUAGUUUUCGACAUGAGGCUGUUGCCCCUUGUCUCGUUAGCUUCUUCCUCUCUUGGGUCACCGCUACCAAAUCCAAUCACACCUAAAGAUCAGAACCGCGAUGACGCCUCGGCAUCAGGCAUGUGGUCGAAGGCCGACAUCCUGGCCCUAGUUGCCGUCUGUGUAGCAGUGCUAGGGCUGAUCACUACGCUUGCAUGGCCCAAAUUGAGUCAGUGGCUGCGCAUACCAUUCAGAUACUGUAGAUCCUCUCCAACAGCCACGACCUUCGACUUGGACAUUUGGAGCGACGGAGAAAGGCGACGGCGUCGUUUACAAGAGGAUUACAGCGCCUGGCUGGAAUUCAAUGAUUGGGUGGAACUGCGAAGUGUCAGGCGCUAGCAUGCAACGAGCCUUGGGGAUGACUUGGGGAUCGUGUGCAAUCUACUUAUAAGCCUCUCUUUGAAAACAUCCUGGGCCGUGAAUUAAACACUUGACGAACAGCGGUUAAAGGUCAUGUCUGUUACUACAAGCACCUAGACUGGCCUAGGAAACGAUGAUGUCCAAUAACCAGAAGGGAUCUUAUCAAAGGAACGCCGACUGAUUCGAUAAAGUAUGACGGGAGCUUUCCCCCUCCAACUUUCCCCGCGUCUGUUCAGCUGCCAAGUCCUCUCUAAAUAUAGAUAGGGUCAAAUGAUGUUGUCUAAAAGUGUAUUCGACCCGCUGAACCAAUGUCCUCCAACAUGACUUGAUAAAUUCAGUGCGUCUGUUAGUGCUCAGAC